AUUAAAUUAAAUAAAGUGCGCGAAAUGUUGAUCAACGUGUAAAGGAUCUGAUAACUGUGCAAGGACUGCAAAACGAAUCCCAAAGAUACAAACGCAAAGAUACAAACCGCAGUGCCAGUACCAGUGGCCAGUGCACACAUAGAAUCUCCGCAGAGUUCUACUUAAAGGAAAGAUUUGUUCAUUCGUGCUGUUACUUGAGUGAAAAAAGUUACAACCAUGACAAGAAGACGUUCGAGUCCGCUGGGACUCGAGGUGCUGGUGUCUCUGACGCUGGCCCUGCUGGCCAUAAUGCUGAUACCCACACAAGCCGCUCCACUGCAGGAAUACACGGAGAUCCAGCAGUACUCGGAGGGCUGCUACUACAACUAUGCGCACUACAACGAGGGCGAUCGCAUCAUGACCAAUGAGCCGUGUCUGAACUGCACCUGCCACAACCGCAUGCUGAUGUGCUACCUGCGCGUCUGCCCCUUCACCAAGCCCAUUGGCCACGAUUGCAUUGUGGAGAAGCGGGAGGAUCAGUGCUGUCCCAUCAUCACCUGUCCAGAGGUUCCUGUGGAUGUGCCCUACCACACACCCGAGCCGGGCACCGAGCUGAGCAUCCCGGAGAAGUUCGGCUGCAGCAUCGAGGAGAAGUUCUACCCGGAGGGCGCCCAGGUGCCCUCGAAUCCCAACAGGCCCUGCGAGCUGUGCUACUGCAUCAACAACCAGACCAAGUGCGUCAUGCAGGAGUGCACCCUCCACGUGGACGGCUGCCUGCCCAUCUACAACAAGGGAUCCUGCUGCCCCGUGCGCUACAGUUGCGAUCACGAGAACGAGCUGGACUUUAUUGAGACGUCCACCACCAGCACGACGACCACGGAGCGUCCCACCACCGGCUUCAUCCUGCCCACCACCAUGACGCCAUCGGAGUCGACCGACUGCAUCUUCAACGACGACAUCUACGCGGACGGCGCCUCGAUCAGGGGCAAGGAUGCCUGCGAGCACUGCUACUGCAUGCGCGGCCACAUGGUCUGCGCCGUGCAGGACUGCAAGAUGCCGAUGAUGGCGGCCAACGGCACCUCCUGCCGGGCCAUGCCAGCCGCCGAGGGCGAGUGCUGUCCCAACAACUACAUUUGCGAGGAUGACAGCGCCACCACGGAGAUUGUGGAGCUGGAGCUCACCACGCCGGAGACCUCAACCUCCGCGCCCGCCAAGGACAUCCAUGGCGAGAUCCCCAAGGAGGAUGUGGAUCUGCAGGAGCACAUUGACGACGAGGAAAAGGACCAGGACAAGGAGGCGGCGGCGGCGGCCACUGAGAUUCCAGCACUGGAGGAUGGCAGCGGCGAAGUUGACGACGAGGAGACGACCACAGUUGCCCCAGUGCGGGCCACGCCCGAGAGCUCCACCGCCGGCAUUGCGUCCGACUCCAGGAUCGAUCUGUCGUCCAGCUCGACUGAGGCAGCCACCGGCGCCUCAUCCACCGAAAGCGCCACCGAGGCCAGCGGCGAAGUGGAGCAGGAGGAGCAGGAGGACAUCGUUAAGAUUGUCACCACGCCAGAGCCCGAGGGAAGCGGCGAGGAGGAUGUUUCGAAGCCCACGAAGCCCGUCGAGCAGGACAGCACCCAGGAGGAGGAGGAGGAGGAGGAGGAGAUCGUUAGGGUCACCUCUCCGGCGCCAGCCAAGGCCAGUCCCGAGGCAGAGAUCGGCAAGGUCACCACCUCGGCUCCGACCGCCGCCGAUGCAGAUGUCACUGCUGCCCCUGCCGAGGGAUCGAGCGACGAACAGGAAGAGGCCAAGCCCACACCCGCUGAGGAGGGCAGCGGCGAGCAGGAGGAAGCCAAGCCAACCCCAGCUCCCGAGGAAGGCACUCAAACGGAGGAAGCCAAGCCAACAGCUGCUCCUGAGGGAGGUGCCAAGAAGGAUGACGCCAAGCCAACAAGCUCAGAAGAUGAGGAGGCCAAGCCCACAGCUGCUCCAGCGGAAAGCGCAGAAGAAGAUGAAGAGGCGAAGGCCACGCCAGCUCCAGAGGGAAGCGGCGAGGAAGAGGAGAUCAAACCCACACCCUCUGCAGCAGGAAGCGGUGAAGAAGAGGAAGCCAAGCCAACAUCUGCUCCAGCAGGAAGCUCUGAGGAUGAGGAAGCCAAGCCAACAUCUGCUCCAGCAGACAGCACAGAAGAAGAGGAAGAGGUCAAGCCCACACCCGCUCCAGCAGGAAGCUCUGAGGAAGAGGAAGCCAAGCCCACACCCGCAGUGGUGGAGGGUGAAGAUGCUGAACCUGCCAAGCCCACCGAAUCCACGGAAGAGGCAAGCGGCGAGGGAGAAGAGGAGAUCGUUAAGGGAACCACGCCAUCGGAGGAGGAGAUUGCCAAGGCGACAACUCCCGCUCCUCUGGGUGAGGGUGAGAAGGACAUUGACAAUGCCGCUGCCACUGCCACACCUGCCGAGCCCACAAGCAGUGAAGGCGUUGAGGACAUUGCCCAGCCCACAACUCCGUCCGCGGAUACCUCCGCCGAGGGAGAAGUUAGCCAGGCCACGACCCCAGCCGACAAAACAUCCGCCGAGGAGGAGACUGCCGGACCAACCACUCCAGCCAAGGAGGUCAGUGCCAGUGCGGAGGAGGAGGAGGAGGAGAUUGUCAAGCAGACCACACCCAAGUCCGACCAGAUCGAUGACUCAACUGAGCUGACAGCAGAACAGGACGAGGAGCCAGUCACGGAGACAGCAGAAGAAGGCUCCACAGCUGCCACCCCGAUCGCCUCAUCCACCGAAGCAGUCCAGGCUGCGUCCGAAAAGGACGCCGAACCUGCCACUGGCACAUCCACCAGUGCACCCGCACCCGCACCCGCUGGCGAGCAGGACGAGACUGCCACCAUUCUGCCCACUGCCGAGAGCGACGAGAAGGUCACCGAAGGUGCUGUGGACGCAUCCACAGACAGUCCGGCCGAAGAUGUCUUCAAGACCGGCACAGCCAAGCCAGUGUCCGCCGAGAAGCCUGUCGGAGAAUCAUCCACGGAAGCGGAGGAGGCCGACAUCGAGGGAUCGACCAGCACGCCACUUGACGAGCAGCAGCAGCCGGAAGAGACCACAGACAAGGCUCAGGACGAGCAGGAGCAGGAGGAGACAAGCACCGAUGCAGCGCCAGCCAAGUCCGACGUUGUGCCACCCAUCCUCGACGUCCAGCCACAAACCACAAGCCUUCCAGUGGAAGCCGGAGAGGUGUCCACGGACAAGCCGACCUCAGCCUACCUGCCGCCUGUCGGAGAGAAGGACUCCACCGAGGUGCCAAGUGCAGAAGAGAAGGACUCCACAGAGCUACCAAGUGCCGAAGAUGCCACAGAGACGGCCAUCAAGCAGGAGCCAUCGAAACCAGAAGAUUCCACGACCACUCCGCUGCCCGAAGAGGUACAGUCCAGCAGCGUCUCGCCCAGUGCAGAGCAGCCAACCACAGUGCCAGCUGUCAGCCGCGACGACUUCGCAGCGGAGCAGACCACCGUGGCGCCCGGUGCCGAAGAUCAGAGCUCGUCAGAGCCACUGCCCGACAUGGACCUGCCCGCUGCCAUUCCCGGAGAGGGCGACUGCCUGGUGGAGGGCAAGACGUAUGCCAACAACACCGUUGUGCCCGCGACCGCGCCCUGCGACGUGUCCUGCCAGUGCAUCAGCAGCCUGGUGUCCUGCCAGCAAAUGGAGUGCAAGGAGCCCGCGAACCGCGAGAAGUGCGUGCUCUCCUCCGAGCUGCACGCUGGCUGCUGCCCAACUUACAUUUGCGACGAGAGCGAGGAGAAGGACACGACUGCCAAGCCUCUGGACAGGAUCGACGAGGACGCCAGCACCGAGGAAAUACCCAAGGAUGUCAUCAUGCCCACUGGCAUCACCGAGCAGCCACUGUCCCACGUCAAGCCCGAUGAGGAGGUGCCACAGGUGUCGCCCACUCAGCCGGAGGAGGAGGUUGAGUCCUCCACAGCCAAUGCAGCAGAGGAGCCAGCCACAGCCACGCCCGAAAUCGAGGAAGAUCAACACAAACAGAAGCCCCUGGACAAGGAACCCGAGCCCAAGCCCACGCCCACGGAUGCAGAGCAGAAGGAGCCACAAGGAGAAGCUGAGACUGUCCCAGCCACAGAGCAGCCGACCACGGCUGAGGCCACCAAGAAGCCGUCUCCAGAAGAGGCCACAACCCCGCCUCAGUUUGCAGAUGACAGCCAAAAGGAGACAGGCGAUGAAUCGACAGCCACAACCACAGCUCCCAUCACGACUGAGGAGGAGAAGCCAAUUGAUGAGAAGAAACACACUGAAUCGGAAGAGAAACCCACAGAAUCUGAGGAGAAACCCACAGAAUCCGAAGAGUCUCCCAUUCUUGGAGCUAAGCCGCCAGUUACCGAUGGCGAUGCUGAAGCAGGAACCCCAGCCACCACUGCUAUAUCCGAGGAAGAGUCCACAGAGUCCUCCACUGAAGUGCACGCGCCAGAAUCUGAGGAGUCGUCGACUCAGACGCCAAAGACCGACAAGAUUCCCGAGCCAUCCACGAGCUCAACCGUUGAGCAGGAAAUCGAAGACUUGGACAGAUUCACAACAGUUGCACCAACGCAGGUGUCCGAUGAAAAGGAACCCUCCACUUCCGCCGAAGAUAGUUCGGAUGAUGAUGAUGCCCUGCCAGCCACGACUGAGCGAUCGCCGAUUGCCGGAGACGAUGACAAAAAGGCACCACCAUUGCCCACCAGAGCACCAGCAGCCAGCCAGCCAGAGACGCAGCCUGCCGAUGCGGAGUCGACCACAGAGGCAGAAAUCGCCAAGGAGCCAGGCAAGGAGCCAGCCAGGGAUGAUGUGGCAACCACUGAACCAAGUUCUGAGGGCGAGAAGGACACCUCGGAUGAGUCACCGAUCGCGACAGUCUCCGGCCAGGGAAUCGAGAGCGAGGCCACUACCACUCCAGCUCCUGCUGCUGCUGCUGAGUCUUCUUCGGAUGAAGAUCAGACCCCAGAAAGCACAGAAAAGACGCUGCUUGGAGCCGAGCCAGAAGAGGAGACUGCCACAGCUGCCCCGUCAAUUGGAGACACUUCUGACGAAGCGGCGACCGCCACUACUGACAUUCCGUCCAAGGACGAAAGUGAACAGAAACCGUCUGCUGAGAUCGAGCCUGAAUCUGAUCGUACCACCACUCCUGCACCCCCUGCUGCUGCUGCUGCUGCUGCUGGCGAUAAGGACGAGUCCGCUGAGCAAUCGACGGCAACUCCCGCCACUGACGAACGCAAGGAAUCUGCCGAAGUUGAUGUGGCUGCCACAACAGCUGCUGCGCCUUCUGAUGAAAAGACGCCCGCAGUGGGCGUUACUCCCGCGCCUGAGCACGCGGAUGAGACACCAGAUGCAACUGCUGCUCCUGUCUCUGACGAAGAUCGCACUGAGCAACCCGCUGACGAAAAGGCACCACUGCCCGCAGGCGAAGAUGUAGAGAAGGAGUCGGCCACUGAAGCCUCCACUGCCAGCCCCUCAGCUGCCACAUCGCCAGCAACCGAAGAAGAAUUCGAAGAUGACAGUGUAACCACCGCUAAGACGCCAUCCCAGGAGGCCGAGGAGAAGCCGGAAGGCCCGACAACGUCUACGGAGGAAGAGGAGGAUACCUCUGCUGCUGCUGCCACAACAACAACAACAGCAGCACCUUCUGCCGCCGAGGAGACGCCCGAAGUGCCAAAACUGCCCCAGGAAACGCCAUCCACAGAGCUGGAGCGUGAAACGACUGCUGCUCCCAGCCUGGACGAUAAGGAACCGGCCGUCACCUCGGUGCCAACUGCUGAUAUUGAUUCGGAUAUCACCACCAUUGGCCCCGUCUCCAAGGCGGAUGCGAAGCCAACCGAGGAAGAGAAGCCAAUCGAUGAGCAGAAGCCAAUCGAUGAGCAGAAGCCAAUCGAUGAGCAGAAGCCAAUCGAUGAGCAGAAGCCAACCGAUGAGCAGAAGCCAAUCGAUGAGCAGAAGCCAACAGAGCAGGAGCAGUCCACUGAGCAGCCAACGAAGCUGCCAACGCCCGAGGAUAAGAUUGGAGGCCAGCCCGAAGAUAAAAUCCCUGCCACAACUGCCGCUCCUAAAGAGGAAUCCACCGAAGCCAGUGACGAAGUCGUUCCAUCCACCGAGUCCCAGGCUGCUGAGCAGCCCGAAGACAAGCAGCCCUCAUCGACUGCCCAGGCACCAGUGGAAGAGACACCCGAAACGUCAACUGAACUGCCAUCUGAGUCUGAUGCUGAUGCUGACACAGUCACCAGCGCUGCUCCCGCCGCUGAAGAGGAUGCUUCAGUCCCAACCGACGAGAAGAAGCCCUCCACUUCCGCGGAGGAUGAGGAAAGCACCGAAGCCGCCAUUGGUAUCACUGCCAGCUCUCCAGCAGCUGCCGAAGGCGUCGAUACGAAGAAGCUGCAUGCAGCCACAACUCCAUCGCCAGCCACGGAACAGGAGCCCGUCACAGAUGCCGAGACGGAGAAACCGGCCAAGGACGGGGAUAGCGACGCAUCAACCGAAGUGCCGCAGCUGGGCGAUGAAGAUGUCCCAUCGGCCACCUCUGUCCCAUCUGCUGAGGACAUCGAAAAGGAGGAGGAGGACAAGUCCGAGUCCACCACUGUUGCCCCCGUCAAGGAGCAAGAUGAAGAGCUCACGCCCAGCGCUACUCCAGCCACUGGCAUCAAGGAAACAUCCGAGAAGGAGCCCUCUGUGGAGUCCACAACUGUGGCCCCCACCAAGGAGUCCGAUGAAGACCUCACGCCCAGCGCUACUCCAGCCACAGACGGCAAGGAACCAACCGAGAAGGAGCCCUCUGCGGACUCUACCAGUGUGGCCCCCACCAAGGAGUCCGAUGAAGACCUCACGCCCAGCGCUACUCCAGCCACAGACGGCCAGGAACCAACCGAAAAGGAGCCCUCUGUGGAUGAACAGGAAGUGGAGUCCAGCACAAAGCCGCCCACCGAUGCGUCCGACGAACAGCCAACCGAUGAGACAGCUGCCGCGACAUCCGCGCCCUCUGUGGACGAAUCUGAGCAACCAACGACCACAGCAGCCACGUCCGUCAAGGCAGAGGCCAGCACACCAGAGGAUGAGCUCGACGUCACCACCGUUGCCAGCCCAGCUGUGUCCGACGCUAAGCAUGACGACACCAAGGAUACGACAGCCAGCACUGUGUCGCCACCUACCGACGAGAAGGAGGAGACUAUUGAUAUCUCCACAGCAUCGCCCACUUCCGAGGCAGAGCAGGAGCAGCCGGAGGCGCCACUUGAUUCCUCAACUGCUGCGCCAGCCGUGCCUGAAACUGAUGCUACUACUGCUGCUGCUCCAGUCGAUGUGCCCUCUGCCGAGGAGAUCGACACGAAGCCCAUGGAAGAUGUCAUGUCGCAGACAGCCUCUCCGGCUGCCGAGGAUGACAGCAGUCCAGUCACAGUCGCCCCUGUGGAUCACGAAGUGGAGUCCAGCAGCGAGCCUCCUGUCUCGGAAGAUGUGGGAGAGGAAAGUACCGAGCCAGCUGCUGGCGCUGCUGAGGAGACCACAGAUCAGUCUCCAGCUGAUGCCAAACUGAAGCCACCCACUGCCGCUCCGGCUGCAGCCACAGAGGAAACCCCAGCGGAAGCCGCCGUCACGGAGGCUGAUAUUGUGCCCGAGACAGCAGCACCCGAGCUGGAGCUGGAGAAGGACAAGGAAGUGCCCGAGAAGUCCACAGAACUGCCGCCAUCGGACAGGACCACUGCAGCUCCAGCUGUCAAGCCAAGCUUGGACUCCGCUGAGGAGGGCGACGAGUCGGUUGAAUCCGAGGAGGAUCAUGCCCCAGUCACAGAGGUGCCCGCGAAGGAGGACGAGGACAAGGAGUCGGAGGAGACGGGCGAAGAGGCAGACAAGAAGCCCGAAACCGAGGAGCCCGAAACUGAUGCUGAAGUGCCCGCAGUGGUCUCAGAGCUGCCACAGAGCACGACCACGCCUGCUGCCCAGGACGAGACAUCGGCCGAGACCUCCGCCAGCGAGGAAGCUGCCACGGAGCAAGCAGAUCUCGCCACACUCAUUACCACAAUGCACCCACUCUUCGCGCACCUGCCCAGCUCCACCAAGAGUCCCGUCAUCGACGAUCGCGUGGGCGAGGAAGAGACCGAGGCAACCGAGGCCACCGAGGCCUCCUCCACGGCCAAGCAGAGCACUGAGGCACCAAGCAGCACCACCGCCAGCGCCACAUCGUCCACGACAGCAGCCAGUCCCAUCACACACCCGCCCUACGGACACGCGCCCGAGUACGAGGACGAGUACGACGACGAGGAUGUGUUCGGUCCUGGCACCUGUCGCUACGCAGGCAAACUUUACGUUUCAGCCCAGCAAAUUCCACGUGACGAUCCCUGCGACUUCUGCUUCUGCUUCAGGAGCGACAUCAUCUGUCUGCAGCAGUCGUGCCCGCCACCGAUUGCCGGCUGCCACGAGGAGCCCAUCUCCGGCUUCUGCUGCCCGCGCUACGAGUGUCCCGUCUCCAUGGCCGCCGUGCUCAACAUAACGACGAGCACAACCACCACCAGCACACCUCUGCCCCCGGUAAUAACAGCCAUGGCCCACAGCGACUCUGUGAGCAAUAUGGGUUGCCUCAUGGACAACCGCACGUACAAGGUUGGCCAGAUGAUCGAGUCGAAGAGCGGUCCAUGCAUGCGCUGCACUUGCGGCGGCGAUGGCAAGAUGCAGUGCAAUCCACAGCAGUGCAUUCCCGGCCCAACUAUGCAGCAAAUAAUGGCCACCACUGCGGCGGGCCGCAAGAGAUGAACCACCAACAGCCAUGCUCACUAAAUAUAAUUUUAACUAAUGUUUAAGCACUGCAGACAAACAAUCACAUCACAAACAGACGAACCAACCGACCCAGAUUGCACCCAAAUAGCAAUAGAACCAGAACCAGAACCAGUACCAGGCUUACAACCGAAUGAGAAUCAGAAUCAGAAUCAGAACCUUAUCAGAACGUAUGUAUACCUAGGUGCCAAAACUAAUGGAGGAUCAGUAUCAGUAUCAGAUCGGAUCGAUCAGAUCAGAUCAGAUAUGCAAUAGGAAUAUAGUAACUUUGGUUCGCCGGAUAUUCGCACUCUUUCAAUUGAAUUACGCCAAUUUGUUUCGGAUUAGGUUAUGGUGACGAAGCAAACAGUGAUAUUGUACUGUAUACAUAGUAUAGGUGCAAUUAAUUUAGAACGCGCUCACUUAAAACGAAUUACUUAUGUAUUUUGUAUUUGUAUUUUGUAUUUUGUAUUUGUAUUUGUAACCCCCGCCCUAGUGACAGCAGCCUAUAAAGUAGCAAAAACCAACGUCGCGCGUGCCUUGUAAAGUCGUUCAUUGUGCCCGCCGCCAUAUACAAAUCGCUUUCAGGAGACUCUCAAACACAAAGCAAAAGCAAAAGCAGAACCAACACCCCCAAUCAGAUAGCAGCACCCCCACCCACCCAGAUACGAGUACUGUACUUCUGGCGCUUUCCAGCACCACACACAAUCAAUGGCGUUACGAAGAGACCAGACCAGGACCCACGGCAUUUGGCUACUGAACAACCGUUUCUUUUUGUUUGUUUAUUUAACAAUGAAUAGCAAUAUUGUCACACCACACACACACACACUUCUCUUCAAUGCGCUUUUAUAGUAUUUUAGUCACUUUAUUUUAAACAUUAUUAUUUUUUUGUGUAUAAUUGUUGCUUCUAGUCUUCUUUUGUUGCAAGAACAACGAAAUCCGCCUGUAACACGCGCACAAUGAGAUCAAAUCAGAUGAUCAGAUCAGUUGAAUUGAAUUGAGAAAUUGAGAAAUUGAGAAAUCUUCUAUGAACUAUUCCAAGCUUUUAUACUUUUAUAUACAAUACGUGUAAAAUGGAGAAACGAACGAACUAGUUUUUAUAGCAAUUUUUACAAAGCGAACCACGAAUUGCAUAGUUUUAACGGAUUGAAAUCAAUUUUUGUACUUUGCUUCAAUGCAUUUGCUUGCGAUUUGUGGACCCGGCCAGUAACAAUUUUAGUCUACAUAGAAUUUUUUAGAUCAACUGAAGACGGAAACUAAAAUAUGGAAACGAACAAACUGUCGGCUAUCGCUAUUGCUCGACUGACUGAAAAUCAAACAAAAAAAAAAAAAACAAAAACAUUAAUGUAGCAGUUAACUUUGUAAACUAUUUUUUUAAACUAUCAGCAUGCCGCGCUGAUACUUACAAAUUGGUCGUCAUCGUCGUCGUCGUAGUAGAAUAGUAGAACAACAAAUUUGAAUUUUCAGUCACUUGAGCUCUAGAAAUACGCUGUGAAACCCAAUAGCGUUCGAAUAACGCUGAAUAAUCACGAACAUCAAUUAGAUUUAUAUAAUCUCUAAAUAUAGUUGUAGUCGUAAGUAUUUAAUUUUAAAAAUAAAUAAAUAAAUUUUAAUUUAGAUCUUAUUUAUUUGAUAUGUCUUUUAAGAACAGCUCUUGUGUUUCCAUACCUUAUCAUAAUUUAUAUGCAAGCUUUUCUUUGUAAUCUAAUAAAUAAAUACAACGCUUUUUAUUGAAAUGUA